UUCUCUCUACCAACUUCCUUCCUUCUUUUUCUUUCCUCUCUCUCUCUCUCUAUAUAUAUAUAUAUAUCUAUAUCUAUCUUUCUCCGCCACCGCCGGCACGGUAGCUAAUUUUCCGGCUACUGGUAAUCUUCACUAACCUCACAUUUGUCUUCUAAAUUCUUACUAGGACAGAACAUAAUUUUUUGAAGGUUGAUCUUCAUAUGCAAAUACAUUGUUUAAGGUAAAGAAUUGAAAUCAAGUUUCAACCUCAUAUAUUCCAAGUAAUGUGAUAAAGGACGAACCUUUAGAAUGGUCUGAAGCUGUGGGUUAAUGUAUGAACCUGGUCUCGAAACACGAGUUUUAAGUAUCGGGUAUCAGAUCAAGUGGCAUCUUAUGCGUUUUCUGAUGAAGAGCGUUUCCCAGAGGUUAAUAUUAAGGGUUUCUUUUUUGGUUUGUGUUUAACUUAAUUGCACAGAAGUUCAUACAAACUUUAGCUGCAUUUGUAUGAGUUUUAGGUUCAAAAGCAUUGAUCUCUCUAUUAAUUAGUAGUAAUGAAGAAAUGGUACAUCUAUGUCUUAUCUGUAUCUUUGUUAACAUUGGCUGUAUUCGGGUACUUUGUUAUGAAAAACCCAAUUAGAGAAUCAUAUAUCUCACCAUCUACAUACUACAACACAACAAACCCUCUAGAAUGGAUAAACUCUGGUGCACCCCCUGUUCAUAAUCCAGGAAGUGACUCUCAAGUUGUAUCGGCUGAUGAGAUAGUAUCUACCCUUUUCACUCAAAGAAACAUCUCUUUUGAAGAGAAACAACCAUUGCAUACAUGGAACCAUUUAAGACAUUUAAUUAGUCAUGAUCGGGUUCUUCCUAACACAGUAGAGGCCAUCAAGGAUGCUGGCAUUGCAUGGAAUAAUCUUAUGACUUCAGUUGAAGACGAGAAACGUAACAUGAAUAGGAGUUCAGGUGACAGGAAAAAAGAAAAACAGUGUCCUCAUUUUCUUAGUAACAUGAAUGCCGCGGAGCUUAAUGAUACUGGAUAUAAGUUGAGAGUUCCUUGUGGUCUAACUCAGGGUUCAUCGGUUACAUUUAUUGGUAUUCCGAGUGGUCUUCUUGGUAACUUUAGAGUUGACUUGACCGGCGAGCCUCUUCCGGGUGAACCAGAUCCUCCUGUAAUAUUGCACUACAACGUCAGGCUCCAUGGUGACAAAAUAACUGAAGAGCCUGUAAUUGUCCAAAAUACUUGGACAAUCGGUCAUGAUUGGGGUGAAGAGGAACGUUGUCCACAUCCGGAGCCUGAAAAGAAUAAGAAAGUGGAUGAAUUAGACCAGUGCAGUGAGAAGGUGGGCAAAGUUAUAAAUGGGUCAAAGUCAAGAACGUAUUUCCCUUUUAAGCAAGGCUAUCUUUCAGUAGCAACUCUACGGGUUGGAUCAGAAGGCAUACAGAUGACAGUUGACGGGAAACACAUAACAUCUUUUGCUUUUCGAGAAACUUUGGAGCCAUGGCUUGUUAGUGAAGUAAGGAUCUCAGGAGACUUAAAACUGGUAUCGGUUGUAGCCAGUGGUUUGCCCACUUCUGAAGAUUCAGAUCAUAUAAUCGACUUAGAAUCUCUUAAAUCACCUCCAGUUCCUCUCAGAAAGAAGAUUAAACUGUUAAUUGGUGUCUUCUCGACUGCAAACAAUUUCAAACGCCGUAUGGCUGUUCGAAGAACAUGGAUGCAAUAUUCUGCAGUGAAGUCAGGAGAAGUAGCAGUCCGGUUUUUUGUUGGAUUGCAUAAGAAUCGAGUGGUGAAUGAGGAACUCUGGAAUGAGGCGAAGACUUAUGGUGAUAUACAGUUAAUGCCUUUUGUUGACUAUUACAGUCUUAUAUCUUGGAAGACUAUUGCCAUCUGUAUAUUCGGGACAGAAGUUAUCUCGGCCAAAUAUGUCAUGAAAACAGAUGAUGAUGCAUUUGUUCGUGUUGAUGAAAUUUUGCUCUCUUUACACCGAGUCAAUGUAAGUCAUGGAUUGCUUUACGGCUUAAUCAAUUCAGAUUCUCAACCUCACCGGAAUCCAGACAGCAAGUGGUAUAUCAGUCCUGAGGAAUGGCCAGAAGAAAGAUACCCUCCGUGGGCACAUGGUCCUGGGUAUGUCGUAACUAGCGACAUAGCAAAGGCAGUUAACAAUAAACACAAACAAGGGCACCUGAAGAUGUUUAAGCUGGAAGAUGUAGCAAUGGGAAUCUGGAUUGCCGAUUUAAAAAAGAACGGUUUAGAAGUAAGAUAUGAACGAGAAGAACGAGUGUAUAACGAAGGUUGCAAAGACGGUUACAUCGUUGCACACUAUCAGGGACCUCGAGAAAUGCUCUGUUUAUGGCAGAAGCUUCAAGAAGGCAACCAAGCCUUCUGUUGCGGUAAUUAACACAAACAUAGCGACAUACCUCUAAAUCCGAAAGAGGGGUAAAUCUAGUGUUAUAUAAGUCUAGCUAGGUUUUUCUUUACCUAUGCGUAUAGAUAAGUAGAGUAUAUAUACCGGUAUUUUGACAACCAAAUUAUUCAUCGACCAAUGUUUUUGUAGGGUUAUUCGAGUGCAGUUUAGCA